AUGCAGUCAACUCAAGUAUGCGAGUUUCAGACAAUCAUCAAGAAUAACCCAGUACUGGCCUCUACUGGUUGUACCCCACAAUUCUGCCAGGCCGGAAGGUUGAUUCACUCAGAUGAGCCAAGAGUAGGUGAGACUCGUCCUCUUGAGGUGGUCAAGCAGGAAGCCUUGGGUUUCUUGUCUCAACUACGGCAGGAGGGAGUCUAUACAGAAGAUCAGUACACGGCGAGGCAUCUUGAUGUCCUCAAGGCUCUGAAAGAGUCCGAGGUUCUUGAACCAAUGAUGGUAGAUGGAGUUAAGACGGUUGGAAAAACAGCGACCUGGACUCAGACUUCUGAGGAGCUUUUGCAUGGGAUCCGAAUCUCGUGGAAAAACUCACGAAAGUGUAUCAUGAGGUCGCAUUAUAAGGAACUAGACUUAUGCGACCUUCGGCACAUUACGACCAGUGUUGGGAUGGUCAAGACUGUCAUUGAAGAGGCUGUCAAGGCAUUCAACAAGGGACAGAUCAGACCGACAGUGGCACAGGGCCGAUGUUCUUGA